AGGGAAGUUCAAGGGAUUUGUCCAAGGCAGCUGUUGGAAAGAAGCAAUGACAUGAUGAGCAGUCAUGAUUCAUCAUCAUAAAGGGCAGAGUGUGGAGAAUGGAGUCGGAUGACCAAGUUCACAAAUAUGACUCCAACCGGAAGCAGCCCCCCUCCUCCUCCUCCUCCUGCCGACAUUGAAACUGGUGUCGUUGACGUCCAGGACACUUUUGAUGAUCCUUUCGACAUCGUCACUACUAAAAAUGCGUCCACUCGUACGCUCAGGCGCUGGAGGCAAGCUGCCCUUGUGCUUAAUGCUUCACGACGCUUCCGAUACACAUUGGACUUGAGAAAGAAUGAAGAGCAAGAAAAAAGGAGAAGGAUGAUCAGAUCACAUGCUCAAGUUAUAAGGGCUGCAUUACUAUUCAAAUUGGCUGGGCAACGAGCACUUGUUCUAGAGACCACGGUACCUACUCCGUCUCCAAGUGGUGGUUAUGGUAUUGCACUCGAGCAACUUGUUUCAAUGACCAGGGAUCACAACAUAGCUGCUCUCCUUCAAUAUGGCGGGGUUAAAGGGUUAUCUGAGAUGUUAAAAACCGAUCCAGACAGAGGAGUACCAGGAGAUGACAAUGAAUUAUCAGACCGGAGAAUUGCCUUUGGAUCCAAUACCUAUCCUGUGAAAGAAGGACGAAGCUUCUUGAGGUUCAUCUGGGAAGCUUUGAAAGAUUUAACCCUUAUUAUAUUAAUAGUAGCUGCUGCAGUAUCACUUGUGCUAGGAAUAAAGACAGAGGGUUUUGAAGAAGGAUGGUAUGACGGAGGAAGCAUUACAUUUGCUGUUCUUCUCGUUAUUUUUGUGACUGCAACGAGUGAUUUUAGACAGUCCCUGCAGUUUCAGAAUCUGAAUGCAGAAAAGCGGAAUAUACAGAUAGAGAUAACUCGAGGUGGGAGAAGAGAGAAGGUUUCGAUAUAUGACGUCGUUGUUGGGGAUGUAAUACCUCUUAAUAUAGGUGAUCAGGUCCCUGCUGAUGGUCUCCUUAUAAAGGGUCACUCUCUAGCCAUUGAUGAAUCUAGCAUGACUGGCGAAAGCAAGAUUGUGCACAAGGAUCAAAAAUCACCUUUUCUGAUGUCUGGCUGCAAGGUAGCAGAUGGCGCUGGAACUAUGCUGGUGACUAGUGUGGGAAUAAAUACCGAAUGGGGAUUGUUGAUGGCAAGCAUAUCCGAAGAUACUGGAGAAGAAACCCCCUUGCAGGUACGCUUGAAUGGUGUUGCAACAUUUAUAGGUAUAGUUGGGCUCUCAGUUGCAUUACUCGUGUUGGCUGUCCUUUUGGCUAGGUUCUUCACUGGUAACUCAAAAAACCCUGAUGGGACUGUCCAGUUUGUCCGUGGAAAAACUAGUGCUAGUGAAGCGAUCAAUGAUGUCAUAAAGAUCUUCACUGCUGCAGUCACGAUUGUAGUUGUUGCAGUUCCCGAAGGGCUUCCAUUGGCUGUUACACUGACGUUAGCAUACUCGAUGAAGAAGAUGAUGGCAGACAAGGCCCUGGUCCGCAGACUCUCGGCAUGUGAAACUAUGGGCUCUGCAACCACUAUCUGCAGUGAUAAAACUGGAACAUUAACCCUGAAUCAGAUGACCGUCGUUGAGGCCUGUGUUGGGCAAAGGAAAAUUGAGCCUCCUGAAGAUGUAUUGCAAUAUCAUACAAGUGUUGCAUCUUUGUUAAAUGAGGGGAUUGCACAGAACACAGCAGGAAGUGUUUUCUCCUCCAAGGAUGGUGCAUAUAUAGAGGUUUCCGGAUCUCCAACAGAAAAGGCUAUUCUCCAAUGGGGUGUCAAGAUUGGGAUGAACUUUGAUGUUGUCAGAUCACAGUCUGUCCUCCUAUAUGUCUCUACUUUUAACUCUUCAAAGAAGCGAGGUGGAGUUGCAUUACGAGGGGCUGACUCUCAAGUUCGCAUACAUUGGAAGGGAGCAGCUGAAAUCGUAUUGGCAUCAUGUAAAGAAUAUCUUGAUGCAGAUGGUUCAUUGCAUCCCACUGAGAAGGAUAUGGAAUAUUUUAAGAAAGCUAUAGAAGAAAUGGCUGCAAGGAGUUUGCGAUGUGUUGCUAUUGCAUAUCGAAACUAUGAUCUAGAAGAUGUUCCUGUGGACGAAGAGCAGCUGGCAGAAUGGAAUUUGCCUGAAGAUGACCUUGUUCUGCUUGCGAUUGUGGGUAUAAAGGAUCCGUGUCGUCCAGGUGUAAAAAAUGCAGUAAAAAUAUGUACGGAUGCCGGUGUGAAGGUUCGGAUGGUCACUGGGGAUAAUAUUCAAACAGCAAAAGCAAUUGCGAUGGAGUGUGGCAUACUUGGUUCAGGUGAAGAUGCAACAGAGCCAAUUAUUAUAGAGGGAAAGACACUCCAUGAGUAUUCAGAGAAAGAGAGAGAACAUGCUUCCAAACAUAUAUUGGUGAUGGGAAGGUCUUCCCCUAGUCAUAAGCUAUUGCUUGUGCAAACACUUCGUAAGCUUGGGGAAGUUGUUGCUGUAACUGGAGAUGGAACAAAUGAUGCUCCUGCACUUCAUGAGGCUGAUAUAGGUCUUGCCAUGGGCAUUCAAGGAACUGAAGUUGCAAAAGAAAGCUCUGAUGUCAUCAUAUUGGAUGAUAAUUUUGCUUCAGUUGUAAAGGUUGUCCGUUGGGGUCGCUCUGUGUAUGCAAAUAUUCAGAAGUUUAUCCAGUUCCAGCUUACAGUUAAUGUUGCAGCACUGGUGAUAAAUGUCGUAGCAGCAGUCUCCUCUGGAGAAGUACCUUUAAACACUGUGCAGCUUCUUUGGGUUAAUCUGAUCAUGGACACCCUUGGAGCAUUGGCAUUGGCAACCGAACCUCCAACGGAUCAUCUUAUGCACAGAUCUCCUGUUGGCCGAAGGGAACCUCUAGUGACGAAUAUCAUGUGGAGGAACUUAAUUAUACAGGCUUUAUAUCAAGUUGCAGUUCUCCUUGUCCUCAACUUUCGUGGAACGACUAUUCUCAACUUAAAAACCGAUGAAAGGGGAAAUGCUGUGAAGAACACCUUGAUAUUCAAUACAUUUGUCUUGUGUCAAAUAUUCAAUGAGUUCAAUGCUCGGAAGCCAGAAGAAAUAUAUGUGUUUGCUGGAGUGACCAAAAACCAUAUUUUUAUGGGAAUAAUAGGAACAACCUUUGUGCUUCAGGUGAUGAUUAUCCAAUUCCUUGGGAAGUUUACAUCAACAGUUAGACUUGGUUGGAACUUAUGGCUUGUGUCUAUUGUUAUUGGGAUUUUCAGUUGGCCUCUUGCAAUGGUGGGAAAGCUCAUCCCAGUUCCACGGACUCCCUUGGCCAGGGUUUUCAGCAGACUGUAUCAACGUUGCAUUGCUUCUCGUAACCGAUGAUGGAUUGUAUUCAUUUAGUUAUGAACCUCUCUAUUUGUGCAAGUCAUGUUGUUGGACUGUUGGCUAUCAAAUACUUUGAUGUUGUUGCGUUCACAAUUAA